AUGGUAGACAACGCUGGUGGUGCUGAGGCCCGGGGGGAGCCAGACUCCCUUAUGUUACCCCAUCGAGGACCAAUGAUUCGCUUGCGACCUUGGUGGUUUCCGGUGGAGGAGCUGAAGGAACCGCUAGUGUUUUACCUGGAGGCAUGGCUAGUGGACCUCAUGUUUGGCCGAGACCGAGCCGUAAUUCCAAAAAUUGAGUGGAUGAGCCAGGUUCUGCUGACUGUGGACAUAAUGGACUCCGGGGACCUAGCCAAAAUCACAGUCUUUGGACGACCCAGGGUACAGAAUCGAGUGAAGAGCGUGGUCCUGGCCGUAGCCUCGUGGCAUCGGAAACGUCGUCACCGAAGUGAGAAGAUGGAACAACUUGAGGAGUUCUUGAAGGCGGGUGCAUCAGGUCCCCAGGCUCCCCAGCAUCCUUUUGCUUAA